CUUAUAGUCACGUGAAAUAUCUUUCUCUCUUGGCGGAGAAGCUGAAAGCGGUCCAAGAGCUUUCGGUGUCCGGAUCGAGCUAGUGCUUGGGGGAGGCGGUGAAUUUUGGUUCCAUCGCAAUGCGGUGACUCGGGGGUGUGAGGAGUAUCUAUUCAGUCAUGCGAUCGGCGUCCGCGGUGAAGAGGCCGGUUGCGAGUUUCAAUCCCGGCAGGGUGGAGAAUUUGUCGCGGAAGAAAGGCUCGAUUGGCGGUGAAGCAGCGGAGAAUGCCGAGGUCGUGGAUGAUUUGAGCAGCCUCAAAGCUGAGUGUGAUAUCGAGUCUGUUGGAUACGAGAGCCAGGCGGCGGCCAGCAUUGCGAAUUUCGGCUGCAAGUCGUUUGCAGGGGCUUGGAAGCCCGUCAUCGACGGAAAAAUCCAACCUUUGGAGCCACCAAACAGCGCCACCAACAGCAUCACCUGGAAUUGGACGAGCGAGUCCAACAGGACGAAUUCGUCAUCGAGGCAUGGAUCAGACAGGCCCUCUGUUUCGAACAUCUCCGGCUCAUCGGAUAUGAAGAAAGACGACGAAGGCAACGAUAGCGACUCGGACAUCAGACGAGUGCCCGAGCUGCCAGAGAAGAGCAGCAAAGGUCGCUCUCAGAAGCUUGUCGGUGGAAGCUCGUCGUCGAGAAGGCGAUCCGGAGGCUCUUCCAAUGACAAGGAAGGCAAGCGACUAAAGAGGUUGCUGAGGAAUCGCGUGUCGGCACAACAGGCCCGAGAGCGCAAAAAGGCUUACUUGGUCGAGCUGGAGCAAAAGGCCAAGGAUCUGGAAACUAGAAACGCUGAGCUGGAGGAGAAAAACGCGACGCUUCAAAGAGAAAACUACAUGCUCCGACAGAUUGUCAAGAACACUACCAUCCGGGGCGGUGGCGAUUGAUAAUCCAAAUCUUCCAAGACGAAAGAAACAGGAGUAAACAAGAUCUUUGGCCAUUUUACAACAUACAUUGGCUAUAUAACAAGAGAAGUUAUGGUGUUACAACAAAAAUAAUUUAGCUA